UCGAGUAAGAGGAAAGAACUGUUUAAGGAGAGAAUUUAUGCUUAGUUUAGUUGUGAUUUUACAAGAUUGUAGUUGAGAGUUGAAACAAAGAAGGGAAAAAAAACAUAUUUUUAAUCUUUUUGCGGUGGCGUUGACGAUGGUCGGGCGGCCUACUAUUAAACCCCGGCCAUGCCAGAAUCUACUUGAGACGACGAAGCUAGCGGCGCCAAGAUCCAACGGAAUCUACGUAAUUCGAAGGCAGAUGGCGGCGGAGAGAGGAGCAGGGGAUGGCGGAGGCGCGUCGACGGCGCUGUUGCGGGGGGACUUUGCGUGCCUGUGGGAGAAGCAGGGGGAGUAUGUGGAUCGUCGCCGGGCCUUCCUCCGGAGCUACCCCUUGUGCCGCGAGCAGCCCCGCCGCCGCGUCCGCCGCCUCGUCUGGGCCCGCCUCCGCGACGCCCGCAGGCUGCCGCGCCUCUUCUGGGCUAAGCUCCGGGCAGCCUUCGCCGGCGGCCGCAGCAGCGGGCGGCGCCUCUUCGCCUUCCAGCUUCUUCCGCACCCCGGCGCUCGCACCGGAGGCCCCGCCGCCAGGAGCUAGCCAAAUUGGUAGGCGGCGGCGGCGGCAACAUCUUCUCUGCUUUCCUUGUCAAAAAC